GAUGCAGCGUGUUGGUCACGUAAUUUAUCAGAAUCUCUUCAUCAAUUUCCUCGGAAGUGAAUCUUGUCCAGAUGAUCUUUCGACGGAAAUGGUUGGAAUGGAAUAAUGCCGUGACCUCAUCAAUAAAGUGUUAAAAUAGAAGUAGUCAUGGCCUCAGUGAUAUUACAGGGGCUCGAGAUACAUUUCUACCUGCCAGAGACACACCAGAUCAUUCAUCUCUCAGGAAGUUUCACAGCAGAGGAGCUGUGUGUUGAAGCGGCCAAGAAGUUGGGUAUAUCUCCACUGUGUAGCAGUUUGUUCGCCCUUUAUGAUGAAUUCAGCAAGAUCUGGUAUCCACCCAAUCAUUCAUUCUCUAUUAAUGAGACGACAAGAUUGAAGCUUUACUUUCGCAUGAGAUUUUAUUUCACAAACUGGCAUGGGAGCAGCAGGAAAUCUCUUCCAGUGUUCAGACACACUCUCAAGCGAGAAACGGGGCCUGUAGGCACAGCUGUUCUGGAUGUACAUUCACUAACGUACCUCUACGCACAGAGUCAGUAUGACUUUCAGAGCGGUCUAGCACCGCUGAGAAGUGCACGUGAUGAGAAGGACGUCCAGCAGAUAGAAAAUGAAUGUUUGGGUAUGGCGGUGAUGGCCAUCUCCCAUGAUGCCAUUGAAAAAAAACGUCCUCCCUGUGAAUUUGAGUACAAGAAUUACAUCCCCAAGGUCCUGUACAAGUCCAUACGUCACAGGAAUGUUCUCACACGUCUGCGCAUCUCCAACAUCUUUAAAGCGUUCCUUGAGGAAUUCACCAAGAACACUGUGCAAGGCAAUGAGAUCAGUACCCAUGACCUGAAAGUCAAAUAUAUGUCCACUUUAGAAUCUCUAGCGAAACAUUUUGGCCAGGAGAUGUUUGAACCCUCCUCCCUCAUCAUACAUGAGCAUGAGCAAAUGAUCACAGACUCCUGCAGUGAAAAUGGCGUUCAUUUCAAGAUCCUGGUGUCUGGCACCUCUGGCAUUCAUUGGUGUAAAGUCCCUUGGGAGGCCAUUUCAGAUCCUUUUACCAAUCAGGAGAGACGAAAAUCAAAGAGAGAUAGUAAAAAACUGAGUAAAGCAGUAUCAUAUGAUGCAGAGGAGGACCAAUGGACACUUUUUUCUGACUUUAAUGAGAUAACACAUCUUCUCAUCAAAAACUCCACAGUUACUAUCCACAGACAGGACAACAAAAAUAUGGAGCUGAAGCUGGCAUCGCAUGAGGAGGCACUGUCCUUUGCCAGUCUUGUAGAUGGAUACUUUAGGCUCACAGUAGAUGCGCAUCAUUUCCUCUGCAGGGAUGUGGCUCCCGUCUCAGUGGAAAAGAAUCUACAAGAUGGCUGCCAUGGUCCAAUCAAUACUGAAUAUGCCAUCCAUAAACUCAAGCAGGAAGGUUACGAGGAGGGCAUGUACCUGCUCCGCUGGAGCACUCAGGACUUCGAUCAUGUUCUCCUGACUAUCAUAUGCAGUGAGAGUAAUUGUCAUAGCAUCAUCAGAAAAACCUUCAAGAACUUCCAGAUUGAGGCGAGCGCACAGGGCUUCCUCCUGUCUGGGACAGUUAUUGCGAAGCCCACUCUGAGAGAGCUGAUGGACCACCUACGCGGUCAUUGUUUCACAGCAGACCACAUCAGUUUAAAACUUGUGCGUGGCUGUCCACCCCAACCAAAAGAGCAAUCCAACCUGAUCAUGAUAACCAGGAAAGAUUCUGCAUUGCCACACUCUCUCUCCAAUAAUCUGGUUUUCCCCAGGAUCCUCAGAAAUGACAUUACCCAGGAGAAACACCUGGGCCAAGGCACCCGCACAAACAUCUAUGCUGGCAAGCUGAAUCUGAGAAAUGAGGAUGAAGACAGUUUGCCAGGUCAUGAGGUGGUGGAUGUGGUUCUGAAGGUGCUGGGAGCGGGAAAUUACAUUUCCGCCUUCCUGGACACAGUCAGUGUAAUGCAGCAGAUAUCUCAUAAACAUAUGGUUCUGAUGUAUGGCAUAUGUAUGCACAUCAUGGACGUCAUUAUGGUGGAGGAGUUUGUUCAGCACGGCCCUCUGGAUCUGUUCAUGAGAAAUCAUCGCUCUGAACUCACGCCCUCCUGGAAGUUCCAAGUGGCGGAGCAGCUUUCCAGUGUCCUCAGUUAUUUGGAAGAUAAGAAGCUUGUUCAUGGGUAUGUCUGUGCUAAAAAUGUCCUGUUGAAGCUGGAUGGUCUGAAAGGACAAGGUGGUCCUUUCAUUAAACUGAGUGAUCCUGGACUAUCAAUCUCUGUGCUUAACCAAGCAGAGUGUAUUGAUAGGAUCCCCUGGAUCGCCCCGGAGUGUGUUAAAAACCCCAAAGCACUAAGCAUUGCAGCAGACAAGUGGGGGUUCGGGACCACACUAUGGGAGAUCUGCUACAAUGGAGAGGUGCCCCUGCGUGAAAAGAAACUCUUAGAGAAAGAGCGAUUCUACGAGGUGUUCGGUACUCUGGUAACUCCCAGCAUCAGUAAACUGGCUGAUCUGAUCUCACAGUGCAUGAACUAUGACCCAAAGAAGAGGCCGUUCUUCAGAGCCAUAGUGAGAGAGCUGGACGAGAAGGACCUUCACCUUACAGACACAAUUCCUCCACAGGAGACUGAUCCUACAGAUUUCAAGAGCAGGUUCCUCAAGAAAAUACGAAAACUUGGAGAGGGUAACUUUGGGAUGGUGGAACUGUGUCUGUACGAUCCUAAGGGAGAUCAGACAGGUGAACUGGUGGCCGUCAAAUCUCUGAAAACAGAAAAUGAGAGCAGCAACCUGAGGAAAGAAAUCAGCACCAUCAGAAACCUCUACCAUGAAAACAUUGUCAAAUACAAAGGCAUCUGCAGUGAUGAAGGAGGAGCAAACAUCAAACUCGUUAUGGAGUAUUUGCCUGCUGGCAGUCUGAAAGACUACUUGCCCCGUAACAAAUCCAACAUCGAUCAGAAGAGACUGCUGCUUUAUGCUCUUCAGAUAUGUCAGGGUAUGGAGUACCUGGGAUCUCAGAACUACAUCCACAGGGAUCUGGCAGCGAGAAACAUCUUGGUGGAGAAUGAAUCCCUUGUGAAGAUCGGGGACUUUGGUCUGACUAAGAGCAUCAAAGAUGAUAAGGACUAUUACAAAGUGACUGAAGAACAGGACAGUCCUGUGUACUGGUAUGCUCCAGAAUGUCUCAUUAAUCGGAAGUUCUAUAAGGCAUCUGAUGUUUGGUCAUUUGGGGUCACUCUUUAUGAAAUCAUGUCCUACUGUGACCGUGAGAACAGCCCUCCACAGGUAUUCCUGAAAUCGAUUGGCCGGUCUCACGGGCAGAUGACCAUGGCCAGGCUGGUAGAUGCUCUUGAGAAAGGCUGGAGGAUGCCUCGUCCAGAUACAUGCCCUGAAAUGGUGUACACUCAGAUACGCAGGUGCUGGAGUCAAGCCCCAGAAAACAGAGUGGACUUCAAGAGCCUAAUCGAAGAGUUUGAGUUUUUCGUCAAUAGAGAAAACAUCUAGCUUCCAUUCAUCCGAUCCACCUACAGAAUUCAGAUGCUUUUUUUAUUUGUAUGUGUCUUGUUUAUUAUACUUAGAAACAUUAUGCACAUUACUUUCUCUUUAAAUCUUUGCCAUUUAAUCAUCUACCUCCAAAAACACGUAAAGGGUUAGUUCAACCAAAAAUUAAAAUUAGGCUGUGUUUUACCCCCCCCCCCCCUGCUCUGAGGCAUGCUCUGAGGCAUGCUCUGAGGUGUAUAUGACUUUCUUUUUAAUGACGAAUGCAGUCUGCGUUAUAUUGUACUUGAUCUUUCAAGCUCUCUCAUUGCAGUCAUGCAUUUUUGUAUGAAAAAUAUCCAUAUUUAAAACAUAUUGUAAAUGGACGCAGUUCCAGGGGAAUUACGCAUAAGGUCAGCUUUGCACAUGCGCCGGUGAGUCUCAUAAAAAAAAAUAGAGAAGAAAGUCAUAUACACCUAGGAUGCCUCGGGGGUUAGUAAAAUGCAUCCUAAUUUUCAUUUUUGGGUGAACUAACCCUUUAACAUACUGCUUAGCACUCAACAAGUAUCAAGUAUUAAAAAGGUUCAUAAAAAAAACAAAAAAAACGCUGAAGCUAUAUCAAAUUUACGGCAAGAUUUACUUACAGCUUACACCAGUGCAAACCCUGUUAAAGCAUUAAAAACGACUGUCAUGAAACGGCAUGGGUGCAGUCAUUAGGCUUGUUCGAGAUUCAUCAUCACUGCGCGGAACGAAUCAGCGUAUGACAUCAAAAUACGGCGAGUGUGAUUAGAGUGCAGUUAACUCUCUAAGCUUCAAAAUCACUUGCUCUGUACUUUGAUGUCACGCACCAGUCGGUCUGCACAGUGCUGAUGCAUCUAAAACAAGCCUAUUUUUGCGGCUGACUUUAUUUGGAUAUACAUUUGUAAUAAGGUUUGAGCUAGCCAGUUAACUGGCAUUAUUUCUAUUGUGGUAUUGUGGCAUUAUCUAAAGCUCAAAAAAGCAUGUCUUAACCCAUUUUGCGCUUGACAUAACACUAUAGUUGCUAAUUUGCUCUGCUCUUGGUAGAUUGCAUUGGUCAUUAUGAAAAUGAUCUGGUUGUGUGUUCUUUCAUUUUCUCAUCGUCAGUAGAUCAUUCACAGAGCUUAACAUUCCUUUUGGCGCUUUUAUUGGAUUGCGAUUUAAUGCUAAUUUGCUUAAUUGAUUAGUAAAUAUGGCCCAUAAUGUAAAAAAAUACAUGUAUUGUUUUAAUUACAGAAAAAAUGCAGACGUGCCUUAAUAUCACAGGAGACAUAUUUGAUAGGAGUGUAACGGUCCAUGUAUUUGUCCAGAACGGUAACGGCACUGAUGUCACGGUUCAGUUCAUGCAGUCAGACGACAAAUACAGUCAGUCAUAGGCCCUGUCCCAAAUCCCACCCUAAACCCAUGCAGUCUUCCUCUGAGUUCACACUUUCGUGAUGUAAUGCUGCUUUGACUGUCGGAUAGAAGUCUGCUGCUGAGCUUGCCUCAGUGUGGGCUCGGCAGCAGUGGGGCAUCCAGGGCGCAUAGAGACCCUUCUGAAAGCUAAAAUGACAAAUGGGACACCCUACAGUCUUAUUUAUAUGAAUGUAUGAAUGGGUUUAUAUGAAUGUAUCUCUGGGAGGAACUGACCGUCUACAGAAAUGUUUUGAUGGCAUUUUCUUUUCCUCUUACCUCCAUAUAAUACAUAUUAAAGUAGUGUUUAUAAGUGCAGGUAACAAAGGAAACUCUAUAUUGCUGCUGUUCCACAGGCGCCACCUGCUGUCAGAGAAUAAAUUAGCAUUUUAAUUCAGUCCGUCUCAUUUCAAAAAUCUAAAGUUAGACCAUUCUGUUUUUGCUUGAAAUUAUACAAUCUAAUUCAAAUCAAAAAUAAUUGCUCAUGUUAAAUGUAUGAAUUUCCCCUUGAUCGAACCUUGACUCAGAAUCUGAGGUACAUACCGAACCGUGACUUCUGUGUACCAUUACACCUGUAGUAUUUGUUGCAUUUUACUGGAAAAUAUUUAGCAGCUUUUCCACUGUUGGGCUGAAUAGUUUUAAGAACAGUAAGAAAUUAUAUUUCCACUUCAGCUCUGUUCGGCACGGCAUCAUUAAAAACCGUUCAAGGCCCGAAACCAUGCAGGCAGAAAAUGUGUAGUGGUGUCUCCACUCAGGAUUUGUCAGUUGUUUGUUGUCUAGCCACUAGUUUCUCUCUAUAUGAGUGGAGCAAACAGAAACAUCUGGUCAUCCUUAAUAACACAGACACUAAUUACAUCUCAUAUAUACUGUAUGUAAACACUUGCAUUACCAAGGUAUCGACUGACACAUUUGUAUUAUGAGCUCUGUUAUCAGAUCCACUGUGGAAAUCAUGUCCAAUGGAAUGGUUAAGCGAUGAGGAUGGUUCAGCCUGAUGGUGGAAAAGCACCUUAUUACAGACUUGGAUGGAUGGAUGGAUGGAUGGAUGGAUAGAUAGUUAGGUAGGUAGAUCGAUCGAUAGGUAGGUAGGUAGGUAGAUAGAUCUAUUAAAAUGCAGGGUGGAUAAAUAUUGUCAUUUCAUUUUAUUCUUUUUUUAAAUAGUCUUACUGGAUGUUAUAUUCAGUUGAUUUAAGAUUUUUACUCAAGCUUGUAUGUAAUGAGAGGAAAUGUGUAACAGCAACUCACAUGUUGCACUGUGCUUGAAUAAGAUCAUCUGUCUUAUGCCAUUUGACUUUGUAUAGCUGAUGAAUUCAUCUGAAGCUGAAAUGAGGAAUAUCAGUGAAUUUUGGCAGAUCACAUCAGAUUGUAUUUCAGAACUAACAUCUUGAAGAGAUCAACACGUGUCAUGCAGAAUGUUGGUAAAGCAAAUGGUUUGCCUGUAGCAAAGAUUGCAAAUAAAGCUCUAACAAUAGA